AUGCCGCUGGUCUUGAUGUCGGGCUUUCCCUGCUCGGGAAAGACGCGGCGAGCCGAGGAGCUGCGCGUUGACAUGGAAGCCCGUGGCAAGCGAGUGGUGAUGGUAUCGGACGACACAGCACGGGUGGAUAAAGGCAAGGAUUAUCAAUCCUCGGCCAGCGAGAAGAUGGCCCGAGGCAACCUCAAAUCGGAAAUGAGCCGCCUGCUCAACGCCAACGAUGUUAUCAUCGUGGACAGCCUCAACUACAUCAAGGGCUAUCGUUACGAGCUCUAUUGUGCCGCGCGCUCGAUGAAGACGACCUCGUGUGUCAUUCAGCCGCUGGUGCGCGAUGAGCUGUGUCUGGAGCGGCAUGCUCAAUUGGGGCGACCGUAUGGUGAGGACGAGACCGUGCGGGCCUUGAUGAUGCGCUAUGAGCAACCGGAUGAUCGGAAUCGCUGGGAUAAGCCCUUGUUUGCCAUCACGGACGACAAACCCUUGCCGGUCGAUGCCAUCUAUGCCGCUCUCUUCGAGGGUACGGCACCCACCCCAAACUAUUCAACACAAUCCCAGCCCCUCUCCGAGACUGACUUUUUGCAGCAACUCGACGCGAUCACCCGCGCCAUUGUUCAGGCGGUUGUUCAAAAGAGCGCUACGGCGGUUCUCGGUGACAAAAUCGUAGUACCGCACAGUGCGGACCCCGUUGUCCUUCGAGAGUCGCUUUCCAUGCUUCAACUCAAGCGCAUUCAACGACAGUUUAUCACCUAUGCCAAGCUCCAUCCACCCAAAUCGGCUGACCUGAUUGGUCCACUUUUUGUUGAUUUUAUCAACCGAGGCCAAAGCUAG